AUGGCUGAAAUCGUUCUUUCUGCCUUCUUGACAGUGAUCAGAGCUGUGCUUAAUGAUGCUUCUCAGAAGGAAAUAAGUGAUGAAGCUGUUAAAGAAUGGCUGAAUGGUCUCCAACAUUUGGCUUACGACAUAGACGACCUACUUGAUGAUUUGGCAACCGAAGCUAUGCAUCGUGAGUUGACCGACGAAUCUGGAGCCUCCACCAGCUUGGUAAGAAAGCUAAUCCCAACUUGUUGCACAAAUUUCUCACAUAAUUCUAGUAUACAUAGCAAGUUAGAUGCUAUUACCACCAAGUUACAAGAACUGGUAGAGGAAAAAGAUAAUCUUGGUUUAAGUGUGAAAGGUGAAAGCCCAAAACAUACAAACAGAAGAUUACAGACCUCUUUGGUAGAUGCAUCUAGCAUUAUUGGUCGUGAAGGUGAUAAGGAUGCAUUGCUCCAUAAGCUGCUGGAGGAUGAACCAAGCGAUAGAAACUUUAGCAUCGUGCCAAUAGUUGGUAUGGGUGGGGUGGGUAAGACCACUCUAGCUAGACUUUUGUAUGACGAGAUGCAAGAGAAGGAUCACUUCGAACUCAAGGCGUGGGUUUGUGUUUCCGAUGAGUUUGAUAUAUUCAAUAUAAGCAAAAUUAUUUUCCAAUCGAUAGGAGGUGGAAACCAAGAAUUUAAGGACUUAAACCUCCUUCAAGUAGCUGUAAAAGAGAAAAUUUCAAAGAAACGAUUUCUUCUUGUUCUUGAUGAUGUUUGGAGUGAAAGCUAUGCAGAUUGGGAAAUUCUGGAACGCCCAUUUCUUUCAGGGGCAGCCGGAAGUAAAAUUAUCAUGACGACCCGGAAGCAGUCAUUGCUGACACAAUUGGGUUACGAUCAACCUUACCGUCUUUCUGUUUUGUCACGUGACAAUGCUCUAUCUUUAUUUUGUCAACAUGCCUUGGGGAAAAGUAACUUUGACUCACAUCCGACACUAAAACCACAUGGCAAAGGUAUUAUCGAAAAGUGUGGUGGUUUGCCAUUGGCUUUGAUCGCACUUGGGAGAUUGUUGAGGACAAAAACAGACGAGGAAGAAUGGAAGGAAGUGCUGAAUAGUGAGAUAUGGGGGUCUGAAAAGGGAGAUGAGAUUGUUCCGGCUCUUAGACUAAGCUACAAUGAUCUCUCUGCCUCUUUGAAGCAGUUGUUUGCAUACUGCUCCUUGUUCCCAAAAGACUAUGUGUUCGAUAAGGAGGAGUUGAUUCUUUUAUGGAUGGCAGAAGGGUUCUUGCACCAAUCAACCACAAGCAAGUCGAUGGAACGCUUGGGCCAUGAAGGUUUUGAAGAGUUGUUGUCAAGAUCAUUUUUUCAGCAUGCACCUGAUGACAAAUCAUUGUUUGUGAUGCAUGAUAUCAUGAAUGACUUGGCAACAUCUGUGGCAGGAGAUUUUUUUUCAAGGUUAGAGAUUGAGAUGAAGAGGGAAUUUAGGAAGGAAGCUUUGGAAAAGCACCGCCAUUUCUCAUUGGUUUGUGAGGGGUACAUGGUUUACAAAAGGUUCGAGGCAUUCAAAGGAGCUGGAAAUUUGAGAACAUUCUUAGCAGUGUAUGCUGGGAAAAAAAAAAGUUGGAGAACAUUUCAUUUAUCAAAUAAGGUCCUUGAUGACUUACUUCAAGAGUUACCUUUGUUAAGGGUCCUCAGUUUGUGUCAUCUUAGUAUAAGUGAGUUACCUGAAUCCAUUGGUAGUUUAAAGCACUUGCGUUAUCUUAAUUUAUCUCGAACCAGAAUCACACAUUUACCCGAAAAUGUGUGCAACCUUUAUAAUUUACAGACAUUGAUUGUUUCUGGUUGUCGUAGUCUAGAAAAGUUGCCCAACAGCUUCAAAAAGCUUAAAAAUUUGCGGCAUUUUGACAUGAGGGAUACUCCAUAUCUGAAGAAAAUGCCGUUAGGGAUUCUUGAGUUGAAAAGCCUACAAACUCUGUAUGGGGUCGCUAUUGGAGGAGACAAUGGAUUUUCAAUAUCUGAGCUUAAAGAUUUAAAGGCUCUCCAAGGGAAAAUUACCAUUAAGGGGCUGGAAAAAGUGCAAGGCUCAAUGCAUGCACAGGAAGCGAACUUAUCUGAAAAGAGUCCAAGUGAGUUAGAGUUGGAAUGGAGUUAUGAAUUUGAUGGUUCUCGAAAGGAAACACUUGAAAAGGAGGUCCUGAAUGUGCUGAAGCCUUGUAGUGAUACUCUAAAAGAACUGAAAAUUGUGUCAUAUGGAGGUAUAGAGUUUCCAAGUUGGGUUGGGGAUCCCUCAUUUGUUUGGCUGACUCAUGUUAAGAUAAGCGGUUGUAAAAAGUGUACAUCUCUACCGCUACUUGGGAAGCUACCGUCACUUAAGGAGUUGUAUAUUGGAGGGAUGGAUGAGGUAAAAGUUGUGGGUCCGGAGUUGCUUGGGACUGGUCUUGCAUUCCCAAAACUUGAAAAACUAUCUUUUUAUUCUAUGAAAGGGUGGGAGGCAUGGUCAACCAAUAAUAAUGGGGUACUUGUGGAUACAACAUUUCCAUGCCUUCAGGAGCUUUGUAUCGAAUGUUGUCCUAAUUUGGUUAGAGUCUCAGUUGAAGCAUUACCUUCACUGAGGGUUCUAUGGAUGAGUGGGUGCAGUCAUGAGGUGUUAGGAAGUCUGGUUCGUGUAGCUUCAUCGAUCACCAAGUUGGAGAUAAGUGAUAUUUCAGGACUUAAUGAUCAGGUGUGGGGAGGUGUUAUAGAGUAUCUUGGGGCAGUUGAAGAAGUCAACAUUGAAGAGUGUAAUGAAAUAAGAUACUUGUGGGAAUCAGAAGCAGAGGCAAGUAAGGUUCUUGUGAAUUUAAGGACGUUGUUUGUAAAUAAUUGUUCAAAUUUGGUGAGAUUAGGAGAGAAAGAGGAGGAUAAUUGUGGGAGCAACCUACCAUCUCUUACAACCUUGGCCGUAUGGAAUUGUAAAAGCUUGGAGCAUUGCAGCUGUCCAAAUAGCCUUAAGUCACUUACCAUCGGGCUUUGUAAAAAAUUAUUGGAAAAGGAGUUGGUAGGAGGACGAGAGAAGCCUCUGAUCAACUCAAAUCUACUCAUGCUUGAAUAUGUACGUAUAUCUAUUUGGACAAAUCUUAAAUCGAUCACUGAAUUGAGUUCCUUCAAUAACCUCAGGAGUCUUGAUAUAAUCAAUUGUCCAAAUAUGGAGUCAUUUCCUGACCACGAGUUGCCAGAACUGAAUGUGCUAACACAAUUGAGAAUAGUAAAUUGUAAAAGUAUUGAUGAUUCCUUUCCUCGUGGGCUUUGGCCUCCAAAAUUGUGUUGGCUUGAAAUAGGGGGGUUGAAGAAGCCCAUUUCAAAGUGGGGCCCACAGACUUUUCCAACCUCACUUGUUAAACUAAUUUUAAGGGGUGGACAGUCCGAUGAUGUGAGUAAUUUCAGUCAGAUGUCCCAUCUUCUUCCUUCAUCUCUUACUUCUCUUGAAAUACAUGAAUUCGAGAAAGUGGAAUCAGCUUCAAUGGGACUCCAACACCUCACCUCCCUCCAGCAUCUCCACAUUUACGACUGCCCAAAGAUAAUUGAUCUGCCAGAAAUGUUGCUGCCUUCCCUUUUGAGUUUGAUAAUAAGGGGAUGCCCAAAUCUGAAAGAAAGGAUUAUUAAAAGAGGCUCCUACUGGCCCCUCGUCUCAUGUAUUCCCGACACCAACAUAUCCUGA